GUUGCCCACUUUCCAACCUCGCUACAAAAUCUCAUCCCUUUUUAUUAAAACGUAGUACUAUUUGAGUGGUGGGGUGGGUUCACAAAAUUGGAGUCCUAAAUUGGACACAUAGUAUAUGUAUGUAAUCAUCAUCCAUCAUCUUGUAUAAGCCACUAAGCAAUGAGAUCAAUGAAUGUGGUGGAUUCGUGGGUUCAAACCUGUUCUCUUCUGAAUCAACCUAACAGAUGCAAAUCUUUCACGGGUUUAAUCUACAAUCCAUUGAAAACCAGACCCAAUUUCUCUCUCAAUCUUAGACAAAACCGACCCUUCUAUUCUUUCACCGCCAUUUCUGCGAUCAUCACAAAAGAAGAAGCAAUCACAGAAGGAGAGAGCGCAAAUGAAGAAACCAAAUUCGAUUUCAAGGCCUACAUGAUCCAGAAGGCCAUGUCCGUGAACGACGCUCUCGACGAGUCCGUUUUGAUCAGAGACCCACCACAGAUCCACGAAGCCAUGCGUUACUCUCUCCUCGCCGGCGGCAAGCGGGUCAGGCCUGUGCUCUGCAUCGCCGCCUGCGAGCUCGUCGGCGGCGAGGAAUCCAAUUGCAUGCCCGCCGCCUGCGCCGUCGAGAUGAUCCACACCAUGUCGUUGAUCCACGACGACCUCCCCUGUAUGGACAACGACGACCUCCGCCGCGGCAAGCCCACCAACCACAAGGUGUUCGGCGAGGACGUGGCCGUCCUCGCCGGCGACUCCCUCCUCGCCUUCGCCUUCGAGUACAUCGCCACCGCCACCGAGGGCGUCUCGCCGGCCCGAAUCGUCAGCGCGGUCGGCGAAUUGGCGAAAUCAAUCGGAGCAGAGGGGCUCGUGGCGGGGCAAGUGGUUGACAUAUCGUCCACCGGAGUGUCGGACGUCGGGUUGGAUCAGCUCGAGUUCAUCCACGUACACAAGACGGCCGCAUUGCUGGAGGCGGCGGUGGUGCUGGGGGCGGUGUUGGGCGGCGGCGAGGACGAGGAAGUAGAGAAAUUGAGGAAGUUCGCGAGGUGUAUUGGGUUGUUGUUCCAAGUGGUGGAUGACAUUCUUGAUGUGACCAAAUCUUCCCAAGAAUUGGGGAAGACUGCGGGGAAGGACUUGGUGGCUGAUAAAGUGACAUAUCCGAAGCUGAUGGGACUCGAAAAAUCGAGGGAAUUUGCAGAGAAGCUGAACAGAGAGGCCAAGGAUCAGCUAGCUGAGUUUGAUCCUCACAAAGCAGCUCCAUUGAUUGCUCUGGCUAAUUAUAUUGCCCAUAGGCAAAAUUAGAUGAAAUUGAAAUGGGGUUUUAGCUAUAAAAUUAAUAAUAAUAUUAAUGUUGUGUUGUAAGUUGUAACAAUUUUUAUAGCAUUGAUUUAUAGAAGAAGAGUACGAGCUAUCAAAUUUUUGACAUUGACAAACACGUCAAUAUCUGUGUACUCUAAUACUUGAUUAUGUGGUUUUUCAUAUUCCAAACGUUUUUCAUA